AUGGCACCCUCUCACAGCCACGUCCACGACGACCCCGUCUUACAUGCGCCUUCUAAUCAACCUGGAAUCCUCAUCGCAAUGCAGCCCACGCCUUAUCCCGCGUCAUGCAAGCCGUGCACUGGCGGUGCGCUAGAUCUUCAAUGCCCAUUGAAAUUUCCAUUAGGGGCCCAGCUAAAUUGUCUUUCUCCUCCAUGGUCAUCCAUGGCCCAUGACGUUGUCCUCAAUCGCCUGUGCUCAUCCAUCCCGGGACACAUACACACAUGCGCACCUCUUGCUGCCCGGUCGAGCGACCAUGUCGAGUGCGCAGUGGCAGUGGAUAAUGUCAGAUAG